ACCCUGUCGGUGCAGCAGACCCCCGAGGGCAGCCUGCUGGCACGCUGGGAGCCCCCAGCUGGCACCACCGAGGACCAGGUACUGGGCUACCGCCUGCAGUUCGGCCGAGAGGACUCGUCACCCCUGGCCACGCUGGAGUUCCUGCCCACCGAGGACCACUACACGGCGUCAGGCGUGCACAAGGGGGCUACGUAUGUCUUCUGGGUGGCAGCCCGCAGCCGAGGUGGCCUGGGCGAGGAGGCGGCGGAGGUCCUGAGCAUCCCGGAGGACACACCCCUCGGCCAUCCGCAGAUCCUCGAGGUGGCUGGCAAUGCCUCU